GGAAGCUCGGAUGCAAACAUGAUGGAAUUGUUCGGUCGCAACAUGGCGUUCAUGAAUAGCAACGACCUGACGACGAGUUAGUGUUAACCGUUUCCCUUCCAUUUGCGCCCCUCUUGCACUUGCUGUUCUCCUCACUCUGCAGACUCUGUUCCAAUCUCGUUCUGCUCAGGUGCAGGGCACCAAACUGGAAGAAACUCACCUUUUAAUUACCAUUGCUGGAUAUCCGUAUACAGUCACCACGUGUGGGCGGUUUCCUGCACGAGUAUCAUUCCCUACCUGCUCUCUACUUUUUGUCUUUUCUUCACUGGCUUUGAGAAAGCUGUCUGUUUUCUGUAAUGGGCCUUCCACCAUUUGGCGCGUUCAAACCACUAUGCCGCACUGUUGGGUCAUACCCCAUCUGUAACUUGUUUUUCAGACAGCUCGCCAAACAUUUCCCUGAUGAAUUCCCAACAAGUAACCUCUACGACUUCACGAAGGUAGCGCCUGUCGGCAUAAAUAUUGAAUGCGGGAUACCACGCGCUUCGGGCUCUGGACAUCUUGGGAACAUAGCGAACACCAUCGCAUGCGGUUUGUCAAUAAUUGCUGUGCUUUUGCUCGUUUUGCGAUGCUCAAAACGGGAGGCCGCUGUUGGCCGUGCAGAGUUUCGAGCUCUACUUCUCAUGUACGGGCUCACGCUCGUCCUCCAGAUUCUUACGACAGGCUCCUACCUUAGACAAUCCUCAACAGGGUUGGUUAUAGUCACAGCAGUGCAUAUGGGCGCUGUAGUCGGUUUUUUCUGGGGUCUGCUCGCAAACGCCAUCGUUUCCACUCAAUUUGUGGAAGAUGGGACUCCUUCAAGUUUGAUUCCAUUCUAUGGCAUAUACAUCAUUUUGUUUGGCGCCACUACCUAUAUUUCCCUUGACACUGCAUUUAGCUUUACGACGGCAUUCAAUCCCUCGAACCCGCCGUCAAUUCUCCAAAAUGUGCCAUUGUUCGUCCUUACCAGCGUCUGGCCCGCAUUUUGCGCAUUUGCGUAUUUCAUCAUCAUAAGUUAUGUUGUCGUACGGAUGUUAGAUGAAGGGCGCCCGUUACUUUGGUUCUUAGUGGCGGCCCUGCUAUUCGUGCUCUCCCAGCUGGACUACUUCCUUCUAAGCAAGGUGAUAUGUAAAGGCACGAAUGCAAAGAUUGAUGGGUCGUUCGUAGCAACCAUCCUAGAAACACUCUCGGUUGGUGUAUUGUUCGGCGGGUGGGUAAGCAUAACAGAAGACACCUGGGAAGACCCGUAUCUAUACCCGCCGAAGUAAUUUAUAUAUUCUUUUCUUUUAUCCCUUUGCCCAAAGACGGGUGCUUUCGUUUUGAAACUUCCUCAUCACUUUCCCCCCAUUUUAUGAUUUCAUUGUACGACGAACUACUUGAUUCCGAUCCUUUUUUCUAUUUUACUCCUCGUGCC